UAAGGAAACUCACUGGGGUAUUUAUAAAAUCUCAUUAUAUGACUGUUUUAAGCAACAAACAAACAUGUCGGAAGUUAUGACGGACAUCCCACUAAACUUCUCCAACCCUAAGAAACACCGUCUAGCGUUCGACGAUGACGCGGUUCUUGUGGACACCAGCUUUGGCAAGCGAAUGCGUCUUGACAGCUACUUUGACAGCCUAUCACUUACCGACACUACCCGACAAUCUAAACGACAGUCCCCCAUACCAAGCUUUGAGAUCAAUCCCGAGGUUAGUUCUUUACCGCAAAAAGUCCCCGAUUUAAACACUUAUAUUGCUGAUAAAAUCAUCGUGAACUUCAACGCAGUGUACGACUCUGCGUCUCAGGUAAUUAAAUACUAUAACCGCAAUGUGGUGAUUGCGCAUCACUUUCAACGGUGGGUCCUACGACUCUUCAACCGCUUCAUUGUCAAAUACAACAAGAACAACCACACGAAUAUCCCUCGGUUCAAACACUUUUUCAAGAUCACCAAUGUCAUCGGGCUGCAACAACACAACCUCACAUACCACGACUUGAUCUCGAUAGUGCAAUCGGAAAGCCAUUUGGAGGCCAAGGCCAUCAACAAGCGACUCAGCAAGCCUCUGCUGGUAUUGGAGGAAAUUGAAGAGGAAUCGUUUACGUUUAAUGAUAUCAAGUAUAACUACUGGGACACGAUCCAGUCACUCGACCAGGACGUGGAAAUGGCUGAGGAGUCUGACGGGGGAGAGGAUGUUGACAUGGGUGACGAUUAAUGAUUUUGGCAAUACACUUAGCACCUUGUGUUACUCAGUGGGAACAGUAGCUAUUAAAUAGUAGAGUACAAGCCACAGCAAACCUCAAAUAUACAAUUCGCG